CUCUGUGCGUUGAGUCACGCAGCUGUCAAAGAUAGCUGUCACCCAGUCUCAGGAUCAAACACACAGUCAAUGAGAAAAGGGCUUUGAGCCGAAGGGACGCAGAGAUCUCAGGUAACCCCCCCACCCCCCUUCCGUCUCCAAACAACGACCAGAAGAAACGGGAAAAAAGCUCAUUUCUUGUUUUAAACACACACAAAAAAAGCGGGGGGGGGAGAAGAAGCGACUUUUGAUGAAUAAGGAUUUUCGGAUAUUCGGAUACACGCGCUGGGGAUAUCUGGAGAAAAGAGGAAAAGCACCGCACUGACACAAAGGCAAUUUUCUUCGGCGCUCGACGAGGAAAAAAGUGGACAUUUGCGGGGGGAAAUGAAGACGAAAAAGGGUUUGAUGAUGCUGUCGGGCAGCGAGACGGACGACGAGGACAGCGUCGACGCCCCCCUGGAUCUGUCGUCCAGCUCGGGGAGCAGCGGGAAGAGGAAACGGCGGGGAAAUCUGCCCAAGGAGUCGGUUCAGAUCCUGAGGGACUGGCUGUACGAGCACCGCUACAACGCUUACCCGUCUGAGCAGGAGAAAGCCCUCCUGUCCAAGCAGACUCAGCUCUCCACACUACAGGUGUGCAACUGGUUCAUUAACGCACGGCGGCGACUUCUUCCAGAGAUGCUGAGGAAAGACGGCAAAGAUCCAAACCAGUUUACCAUAUCCAGGAAAGGCAGCAAAGCAGGCGACAGCUUCUCCGACAGCUCACAGUCCCCCAAACACGGCAGUCCGGCAGGCGGUACGGAGGAGAGCUACGACAAACGCGUUCUCCAUCCCUCCAGCUUCGAACCCGCCGCGUCCGGUGUCCUGAGAAAGGCGGAUUCUCCCUCCAUGCCCUCUCCAACGUCUUUGUCCCCCUCUCCGGGGCUCGUGCCCACCCGCCCCUCUGUCAUCUGUCACACCACUGUCACCGCAGCAAUGCAGGGAAGCCCGACAGCCUCCCACCCGUCGGCGCCGGGAAUGAACUGUGACAGGGCAGCCGAGCUGUUGCAGGCUGCACAGGUCCAGGCGCUGCUCAGGUGCCAGGAUGAAGGGCAGGGCAUCAAGCCUCUCCCCACUACCACCAUCCUCGGCGGCACCGGCAUGGAGGGCAACCUGAGCCCCCGCAGCGGGCUCUUCAACACCCCUCCCCCCACCCCUCCAGACCUCACGCAAGACUUCAGCGGCUUCCAGCUCCUGGUGGAUGUGGCCCUCAAGCGGGCUGCGGAGAUGGAGCUGCAAGCCAAACAGCUGGUCUCCUAAAAGUGACUGGAGAAGAAGGAGAAGAAGAAGACGGAUUAGAGACUGACUUUGUGUCUCGACUGGGGAACUCCUCAGAGUUCAGUGACUUGUCUGCACGCAACAGAGAACAAAUCCAGAUGAAAUCCUGAUCAUUUCUAUUUUUGGUAUACCAAUCAAAUUGAUGAGGACGUUUUUUUAUUGAAAAAAAAAAAAACUGUAUCGAGGUGCCUUGGCUGUAAGUUCUUUAUUCAUUUCACAUACAUGCGUAUGUAUCUACAUGUGUAUCUUAUUUGCACACAGGGACCAAAAAUGUUAUCCGAGAAAUGCUGCCCGUCUUAUGUCUUUCCAUUAUACUGUAUAUGAUUUUAGAGAACGGAGAAUGAGCUAGAAUCAGCCCUCCUUCAGAGACCAAUCACACAGAUUGGUCUGGUCCACACACGUUUACUCUUUUACAUUUCAGAGAUCAGCUCAUGAUUAGUCUGCCAUGUCUGUUUGCACACUAAAGGCAGAGGAAGGUCAUCUCAGUGUCUUAAACAUACUUUGCUCUCAAGCAUCUAUGACAAACUUAUUCACUACUGUAGUACAUGUUAUGUGUUUCCAUGAGUAUAAGUAUAGUUUUGAUUUUGUAAUUUACUUUUAGCUAUUUUAAAAGAAAAAAAACCCUAUGCUUUUUUUUUUUUUUUCCUUCCCCGACCAAGGGAUGUUUCAGAUGACCAAUGUAGCAG